AGUAAUAAAAUUUGGAAUUUGAUAAGCAAAGGGUUUUUUACUAAUUCCAAGGGGCAUUUUUCAGAAGGAAUUCAAACAAUAUAUUUAUAAGAAUUUAAAAUAAUGGCGAUUGUUGAAUUACAAAAACUCCCACCCUCCGUGAAAAUGCCGAAGCUCAUGUACAGCAUUCGAGGUAUAUUAAGAAAAGGUAAUUUGAAUAGUAGGUUUUGGGUUACGGAAAUUGCUGACAUGCGAACGAGUGAUUGUAAAGAAGCUAAACUGGAAUUUGCCACUAGAGAGGAGGCUUGGGAUGCAAAGGAAAUACUUAAUCAAUAUCCCUUUCGUAACGGCAAUGAUCGUAGUAUAAUAACUGCUAGAAUUUUUGAUGAAAAGCAUAACAUUAAUCGUCAUCCUAGUCCAUACAGAAACAGGGGUUCAAAACGAAGUAGGAGUAGAUCAAGAGGGAAUUUUUAUAGUAGGUAUUCCAUGGAUAGAGAUAGGUCUCGGAGUCCACUGUACCAUGACACAUCAGAAUUAGAUUUGGAGAUAGAACUUUUAAGAAAAAAACGGUUAGUGAUUGAAGAGGAAAGAAGAUUGCUUUUAGAACAGAAGAAACUAGAUAUGUUAAGGGAACGUGGCCCGAAUGCAUCAGAUUUUUAUGACGAUAUGGAAAGAUCUAGGGACAGAAAGAAACGACCAAGAAGAGAAAUGGAUGAGGUUAUACGCAAUGCACGUCCUCAUAAACCGCAUUUGCCACAGUUCAAGAAACCGUGUCGCAUUCUCACUGACCAAAUGAGUUCACUCAUAGACAAGCAUUCCACAUGUGAAGAAACAAAAAUGCUUACCAAACUAAUUGUUGCACAACUGAGGAGAAGACUAGCUGUGGAGUUAGAAAACAAAGAUUUUAUUCCUGCAAACAAAAUCGUAGAUCUUUACCGUAGUAAAUAUCCACAAUCGAGUGAUGAAGAAUUUAUAAUGCCAAUAAUUAAGAAUCUCCGAUUAAGCCACUGGUCAUUGUCUAAUCCCAAAAAGAAAGAUAACGACCAGAAAAAUAAUCAAAUGGAGAUUUCAGAAAAGGCUCAAGUGGAUCCAGGUAGUUCCACUCCUGCCGACAAAGUGAGAAACGACCAGACACAUUCAUGUGAACCGAAUAUAAAAAUUAAAGUUGAAUUAAAUAAGUCUGUAAAGGAAGAGGCUGUUGUAACGGAGACAAUGAAAGAGAUAGCAACUGUAGAACUAAAAAGAGAAUCAACGUUAGCAGAGGAAAAGAAAGACACUACAAUAGUAGAACAAAAGCAAGUGACUACAACAAAGAAACCAUGUACAACAACAGAGGGAAAGGAAACUACAGCUACACCAAUGGGAAAGAAAGAUACUUCAACAGCAGAAGGAAAGAAAGAGACAACGACAAUAGAAGGAAAGAAGGAGUCUGCAACGGCAGAGGGAAAGACAGAGACUACAACAGAGGGAAAGGAGUCUUCAACAGCAGAGGGAAAGAAUGAGACUACAACAGAGGGAAAGAAAAAGACUACAACAGCAGAGGGAAAGACAGAGACUACAACAGAGGGAAAAAAAGAGACUUCACCAGCAGAGCGAAAGGAGAUAGCAGGAGAAGUAAUGGAGAACGAGCCAUUGGAAGCUGCCGACGCGGAGAUGUUAGGUGCGGCUGAUGAGGAUUGGUUUCAAGACGGCGUCGAUUGGACUGAUGGUGACAGUGAGGAGGAGGAAGCCGAUGAAAAUACGAAUCAAUAAAUUUAAGUAUAAGAUUAAAAUUUGUCUAUUACCAUGAAAAAGAAAUAAAAGAACAUACUUUC